AAGAGCAGAUGAUGACAUCUGUUAGAACAGAGGCAGGCGUUGAUGGGGGUGAAAGAUUAAAUGGCGGUGCUGCUGGACGUUUCAACGGUGAUCCGGGAUUGCGUAUUGUUUUACGGUUGACUUUUGGGCGGAGUCAGAAUUAGAUUUUGACUGAAAGGUUAAAGAGUCUGAUACAUCCUUUGGUUGCGCUCUAAUGUAUUAGAGGUCACUUUUUCAAAAUCCCUGGCUUUAAUUAAAUCCGGUUGAGUCUAUUAAUCUGCAAGGAAAGAGAGCCCCCCACUCCUAAAAUGUCCAGCAUGUGAAUCCAAAAUCUGAUCUUGACUUCUGCAUGAAGAGAGACAGGUCUCCGACCGUGGUAAGAUAAGUUGCCUGAACCCACAAAAGUAUCUUACACUGUGAUCGAUGCUGAACCCUGUUCUUUCCAGCCUGUUGUUAGAAAGAUGGAUAACCGUUUUGCAACUGCGCUAGUGAUUGGCAGUGUACUGUCACUGCUUUCUGUGAUUUACCUCUCUGCUGCGGUGGGAACAGUAUCAUGGUAUCACUAUUUUACCUCAUCAGCCCAGGCCAAUAUCAGUUACACUACUCCUGAAGACUUUACAAGUGAUGCAGAAAAGAUGGACGAAAAAGCGUAUACUGAUGCACUUUUCCACUUCAAUGGUAGUCUUGGCCUAUGGCAGAGAUGCAUUACAGUCCCACAAGAUCACUUGUCCCAGCAGCUCAGUGCUCUCACAGAUUCCCCAACUUUAUUUAGUUGUGUAUUCCUAUCGCUUUCUGAUCAGUUUUUGGAGAAGUAUCAAGAACCAGGAAAUCACAACUCUGAGAUUGAUAUAGUGCGGACUUAUUUAUGGAGGUGUCAGUUCCUUCUCCCAUUAGUUGCCCUGGGGCUAAUAUUUUUUGGUGCUCUUGUGGGCCUUGCUGGAUGUGUAUGCCAAAGUUUAUACCCUGCCCUGGGCACAGGGAUUCUGCACCUACUAGCAGGUGUAUGUACCCUUGGUUCAGUUCUGUGCUUCUCAAGUGGUAUACAUAUGCUCGAGCAAAGACUCCCUCUCCCUACUGGAAUAAGGGGUGAAUAUGGAUGGUCUUUCUGCUUAGCUUGUGUUUGCUCACCCCUACAGGUUAUGGCUGGAGCUCUGUUUCUUUGGGCAUCUCGUGCAAGCCGUCGAGAGUACUCUCUAAUGAAGGCUUAUCGUGUUGCAUGAAAGUAGUUGUAUUUAUGAAAACAGUUUGAUAGGCACCUGUAAAUCUAGCCUUGUUUUAUAUUUUAAGGCUUUUUUUUUCUUUUAGCUUCCUCAUUCUUCUAGUGAUGAGCAGGUAAAGAAAAAAAAAAAUUAAACAAACUUGUCCCUUACUCUUUAUUUACAACCAUUUCUGGCAGUGUCCAUCCAUUUUUUUUCCACAAAUUGUAGAUGACUUUCAUGGGUUUCUGUCACCCACUUAUCACUUAUUUGGUACUUUACAUAAAUGGUUGAUUCACAGUGCAGCUCUGGAUAGGAAGAUAUAAAAAUAUUUCUUAUGCAUGGUAAAAGACCAUAUUUUCUUGAUAAGACUUGGUACAAUUAAUACUGACAAUGCACUUUUAGAGCCAUCCUUUAUAUUAGUAUAGGUAAUUGUAGUUAAAAGGACAUUGUUAUCCCUUGUGGCAAAAUUGCUCCCAAGCAGCAAAUGCAGCCCUCUGCUAAAUACUGGGGGCACCCAUGGCAGCUGCUGUUGGUGACACACUGUCCCAUGUUAGCUGUCUUUAAUCUAUUAAAAAACAAAGGCAUUCAGAAAUUUAGUGCACUCAAGAUUUAAACUUAAGAUUCAAGAAAUAUUUUUGUGAAUUCCCCAUUGUGUUGGUUGAAAAUGGGCAUAGCUCCACCUUUACUUCUAAAACAAUCGUUACCUGAAAAAAAAUUCUGCUAGAAAUAUGAUGCAACUUUUAUUAGCAUUGUACACUGAUACCGUUUAUCCUUAUUACCCUUGUGGUAAAAUAUUAACUCCUGCUUCUUUCCUGUAAGAGAAUGCACUGUUCAUAUCUGCACUUACAGGUAGUACAGGUAUCAGACCCCUUAUUCGGAAACCCAUUAUCCAGAAAGUUCCAAAUUACAGAAAGGCCAUAUCCCAUAGACUAAAUUAUAAUCAAAUAAUUCACAUUUUUUUCCUUUUUCUCUGUAAUAAUAAAACAGUACCUUGUACUUGAUCCCAACUAAGAUAUAAUUAAUCCUUAUUGGAGCCAAACAAUCCUAGUGGGUUAUUUUUUGUUAGCAAACUUAAGGUAGGUAGAUUAUUAUUACGGAAAGACAACUUAUCCGGAAAACCCCAGGACCCAAGCAUUCUAGGUAACGGGUAACAUGUAUGUCACAAUGGUUAUUCCAGCAGAAAUAAAACCUCAAAUACAUAAUUUAAGUGAAAGAGUAGCAAAACAGUGUAUGUAUAUUUUUUCUAAAAAAAUGUUAACUAGAUUUAUGAAUCUAUGAUUCUAUGGUAUGAUUUAACUAAUAUGCAUUCUGCUGUUUAAAGAAGUAAACCUCUUUUUUUCCCUAUCUUUAAAA